ACUGAAAUUUACAUAUCAAAUUUAAUUUCAAGUAUUGAAUAAUUCUUUUACUCUUCUAUAUUCCAUUUUCCUCAAUUUUGAUAACGAACAUUUGUUUCCCUCUUUAAAUCUGAAUUUAUGAAAAUAAGACUGAAGUGAAGCUACUAUUUUUUGUAAACUAUGUUUUUAAAAUUGACCUAAGCAACUUGGAGUUUGGAGUGAUCAAGAAUGUGGAUCUUGGUUUGCUUGGAGGCUUGGGAAUACCUCUACAAGUUGAAAACACAUCUAAGGAUUUGCAUUCAAGCAGCAAGAGGAAGAGGAAUAGGUAUUUAUCAGUAUCUGAAUCACAAGAAGAUUUUUAAAUUACAGCUUUUGAUUUUGAACCAUGGAAGAAAAAGUGUGGGAAUGUUCUUCAAUUCAAGAUAGUGAUGAUGAGGAUGUCUAUUCGCAAAAUGCAAGUGAUGAACAAGAGUUUCACUUUUCACCAGCUUCAUUGCCCAACUUGCAAUUCAGGAACACAAAAUCAAAAGCCAAAUGGAAUGAAGAAAUAGGAAUGGCAGAAGUGUUUGAGAAGAAUGGCAAAAUGUGGGUAACAACUGGAAUAGUUCGUAACGGCAAGAUUUACACGUCAAUUGAGGAAACAUUGUACCUUAUGGAACUAGAAGCCUUAGAUUUAUUAGAUAAUGGUGAUAUGAGUAUAUCUCUAGUAGAAAUGUAUGAAAAGGUUGCUGGUGGGAAGAGUGGAUGUUGUUGGGAGCUUUUUGAAGCUUACAGGCACCUCAAAUCUCUUGGGUACAUAAUUGCGCGGCACAAUGUUGCUUGGAGUUUGAAGAGUAUAGGGAAUUCCGUUAAAUGUGUAGAUCUUGAAGGAACAGAAGAAUGCAAACAAUUAGUAGACAUGGUUUCCAAAAUCGAGAUUUCCAUUGAUGAGUUAUUUGGUGACUUGAAGAUUAAUGAUUUGAAGCCGGAUUUUGAUGUUUAUCUUCCAAACAACAGGUUUAGAAAGUCUUCUCCCGGUAAUCCAAAUUUUCUGCUGUACUUGUCUAGGGGCCAUCUUCCAUCUAAAAAAGAAAUUGAAGUUCUUGAGAGACAAUGUGGCGGCAUUCCAUUGAAAAUUUGCCUGGUCACUGAAGGAAGGGUCAGUUUCUUUUCCUUUGACAAGGUUGAACUGCCUGUUCUACCCUGAACUUUUGGUGCCAACUUUUCAUUUCCACUCUUGGCUGACAUGAAAAGGAAGCUAAGGAUUGUAAUGAUAAAAAGGCUGCACAAUCCAUUUACGAUCAAGAAUGCUUCAGAAACUGUUGUGUUUGCAAUGCAGUCUCUCAAUCAGGAUUCUGAAAAGGAAUAUGAUUCUGUAGGUUAAAAACUAGAAUUUUUUUCUUUUUAUGAAAUUAAGUAUAGCAUUAUUUUUAGUUUUAAAGUAUCAUUCUUAAGUGGAAGAAUUGAUUGGAUUGAAUAAAGCCAUGGUCAGUUAAGCCACAUCAAAUGUCGAGUUUUCAUAGAUAUGUUUUUGAAAACUGAGAAUGUAACAUGAAAGAGAAUAAUCAUUUUGAAAUUUUGGAUACAUCAUUAUAUCAGAUAGAUCAAACACUAAUAAAAACGACGACUUUCCAUUCUCACU